AUUCAGUUUCAAUUAGGUACGUUAUACAGUUAGAAGCGAAAUAAAAGUACUCGUGUGUCGGCGACGCGUGGGAUCGGACGUACCUCAUGUAAGAGCAGUUUUGUUAUGGCAUCAAUAAAAAUCUUUACGGAAACAUCUGCAGUCAUAAAAGCUGUCGUAUCGGUUUCGGCGAUGCUUAUGGAUCGCUACGAAGAGUGAGGCUGAAUCAGUUGGCGUCGAGGAUCGGAGGCGAGAAGGUGGUGAACGGGGUGGAAGGAUGGUCAUGGUUCCGAGGGGUCGGUAGUGCAGUGCGGCACGCGCCGGCGCGGAUCGAUCGCGCGACAUCGACCGCGCGGGGCGGGGCGCCGUCGCUCAGUCGCGCGCGGGCACGGCGUGCGGGCGCGCGCAUCGCUGCACGUGCAUGGCGCGCCUGACUGGAUGCCUCGCGCCCUCGGGGAAUGGCUUCGUCCGAGGAAGAGGCGACUACAGCGUCGACCGACACUUAUCCUGAAGAUGAUGACUGCCUCAGUGUACGAAAAUGGUGGUGCUUUCUGCUGUCGUCGAUUUUCACCUUCCUUGCGGGGUUGCUCGUGGUGCUGUUAUGGCGCGCGUGCGCGUUUGUCUGCUGCCACAAGGAGCCGGAGCUGGCACCCAACGACCCCAAGCAGAAGGAGCAGAAGGCGGCGCGGCAGGGCAAACAAGAGUUCGAGGGCACGUUCAUGACCGAAGCGAAAGACUGGGCCGGCGAACUCAUAUCCGGUCAGACCACCACCGGACGAAUACUGGUAGUGUUGGUGUUCAUCCUGAGUAUAGCAUCGCUCAUCAUCUACUUCAUUGACGCGUCCAGCGAAGAGGUUGAGCGAUGUCAGAAAUGGAGCGACAAUAUUACUCAGCAAAUCGACCUUGCCUUUAACAUAUUUUUUAUGGUCUACUUUUUUAUACGAUUUAUAGCAGCUAGUGACAAACUAUGGUUCAUGCUCGAGAUGUAUUCAUUUGUAGAUUAUUUCACGAUACCCCCAUCCUUUGUAUCAAUAUACCUCGAUAGAACGUGGAUAGGGCUGAGAUUUCUCAGAGCUCUACGCUUAAUGACCGUGCCUGAUAUUUUGCAAUACCUCAAUAUAUUAAAAACAUCGAGCUCAAUUCGGUUGGCGCAAUUAGUUUCUAUAUUUAUAUCAGUGUGGCUGACCGCUGCCGGCAUUAUUCAUUUGCUGGAAAACUCUGGUGACCCAUUAGAGUUCGAGAAUGCCCAGAAACUAUCGUACUGGACGUGUGUGUACUUCCUGAUAGUCACCAUGUCCACUGUAGGUUACGGUGACGUAUUCUGUCACACAGUACUUGGAAGAACAUUUUUGGUUUUUUUUCUCCUCGUUGGCUUGGCAAUGUUCGCUAGUAGCAUUCCCGAAAUUAUAGAGCUGGUAGGAAGUAGGUCCAAGUACAGUGGCGAGCUGAAGCGUGAACAUGGAAAGAGGCAUAUUGUGGUCUGUGGACACAUAACUUACGAGUCAGUGAGCCAUUUUUUAAAAGACUUCCUACAUGAGGACAGAGAGGAUGUAGACGUCGAAGUUGUUUUUUUACACAGGAAACCGCCCGACCUGGAGCUCGAAGGCCUGUUCAAGAGGCACUUUACCACUGUGGAAUUCUUUCAAGGCACCAUUAUGAAUCCAAUCGACCUACAGAGGGUGAAAGUACAUGAAGCAGACGCGUGCCUGGUGCUGGCCAACAAGUACUGCCAGGACCCCGACGCGGAGGACGCCGCCAACAUCAUGAGAGUCAUCUCUAUCAAGAACUACUCCGACGACAUCAGGGUCAUCAUACAGCUGAUGCAAUAUCAUAAUAAGGCCUACCUCCUAAACAUUCCAUCAUGGGACUGGAAGCAAGGCGAUGACGUCAUCUGCUUGGCGGAGCUGAAACUCGGCUUCAUCGCGCAGAGCUGCCUCGCGCCCGGCUUCUCCACCAUGAUGGCCAACCUGUUCGCCAUGCGCAGCUUCAAGACGUCCCCCGACACACAAGCUUGGCAGAACGAUUACCUGCAGGGUACGGGCUGCGAGAUGUACACGGAGACACUGUCGACCUCCUUCACGGGAAUGAGCUUCCCGCAGGCGAGCGAAUUAUGCUUCACGAAGCUCAAGCUGCUGCUGCUCGCCAUCGAGAUCAAAGGCGAGGAGGGAGCCGACAGCAAGAUCUCCAUCAACCCGCGCAGCGCCAAGAUACACGCCAACACGCAAGGCUUCUUUAUAGCGCAAUCCGCUGACGAGGUCAAAAGAGCUUGGUAUUAUUGCAAGGCCUGCCACGAGGACAUCAAAGACGAAACGCUCAUCAAGAAGUGCAAAUGCAAAAACUUGACCGCGCACCAGCGGAAGGUUGGAGCCGACAUAGAUGUUGGAAUGAUGAUGAUGCAGACUGGGAUGGUGAAACAAAGUCUUAAUACGUACCGUGCUUGUCUCGACGAUGAUCACCAUCCUCCCCCCACCUUCACGCCGCCAGAGUUGCCCAAGAAGGUCCAUGUUCGAGGUGAAAUUGCGAGAGAAAGAGGGGAGGAUACUAGUUUAAUAAAUCGCAACCAUCGGAGUGCGGCGCCGACAACGCUGCUGUCUCCGAGCGCGAACCAGCUGGUGAACACCACCACCACGAGGCAGGUCAACAAGGUGAAGCCCAACGUCAACAGGGCACCACCGGACACGAAUCCCCAGGAUCAAGAUACCAAUUACCAGGCCUAUCACCUUGCCUACGAAGUGAAAAAACUCAUGCCUACGAGUAGAAGCAGUGGUGGUAACCAAAACAGCAAUGGCGUCAGCCUGCCCGCGGGCCUGGCUGAUGACCAGUCGAAAGAUUUCGACUUCGAAAAGACUGAAAUGAAGUAUGACUCCACUGGAAUGUUCCAUUGGAGCCCUGCGAGGAAUUUGGAAGAUUGUAUUUUAGACCGAAAUCAGGCGGCCAUGACAGUUCUGAACGGGCACGUGGUAGUGUGUUUGUUCGCGGACCCUGACUCGCCGCUCAUUGGGUUACGGAACCUGGUGAUGCCGCUGCGGGCCUCCAACUUCCACUACCACGAGCUCAAGCACGUCGUCAUCGUGGGGAGCGUCGACUAUAUUAGGAGAGAGUGGAAGAUGUUGCAGAAUCUACCAAAGAUUUCUGUUUUGAAUGGUUCACCGCUAAGCCGGGCUGACUUGCGUGCAGUGAAUGUGAACUUGUGCGACAUGUGCUGUAUCCUGUCGGCGAAGGUGCCAUCAAACGAUGACCCGACGCUGGCCGACAAGGAAGCUAUCUUGGCUUCGCUGAACAUCAAGGCGAUGACGUUCGACGACACGAUAGGAGUGCUGAGCGCCGGCGUCACCAACGGCAGCAGCGCGGCGCCGCCCCCGCCUGGCGCGCCGCCCGCGCCCGUCUUACUGCAGCGCAGGGGGUCCGUCUAUGGUGCCAAUGUGCCUAUGAUUACUGAGUUGGUGAACGACAGUAACGUGCAGUUCCUGGACCAGGACGACGACGAUGACCCGGACACGGAGCUGUACCUGACGCAGCCCUUCGCGUGCGGUACAGCCUUCGCCGUCAGUGUACUCGACUCACUUAUGUCCACCACUUAUUUCAACCAAAAUGCCUUAACGUUGAUCCGCUCGUUGAUCACGGGCGGCGCGACGCCAGAGCUGGAGCUCAUCCUGGCCGAGGGCGCGGGGCUGCGCGGCGGGUACUCCACGCCAGAGAGCUUAGCUAAUAGGGAUCGGUGUAGAGUGGGUCAGAUCUCGUUGUACGACGGUCCACUGGCGCAGUUUGGCGAGGCUGGCAAGUACGGCGACCUGUUCGUGGCGGCGCUCAGCACGUAUGGCAUGCUGUGCAUCGGCCUGUACCGGUUCCGAGACACUUCCUCCUCCUGCGACGCCAGCAGCAAGCGAUAUGUCAUCACCAACCCGCCCGAUGACUUCUCGCUGCUACCUACCGACCAGGUGUUCGUGCUGAUGCAGUUCGACCCGGGCGUGGAGUACCGGUCGUCGCGGCGCGCGGCGGCGGGCGCGGGCAAGGAUGACGCCUCCUGACUAUUGCUGUGCAGCGCCCUCACGGACGGGCCCUACUCCUACAUCUAGGCAGUAGGCCCCCGCCCGACACUCCCGCCCCUCCCCCCGCCCUCACCCCGCCCACUCCCGCACUCUUCACUUCGACUCUUGGGUAAACGUCCACGUACUAUUGAUUAGAUUUUGUCCUGACUUCUUUAGUCGUGAAUGAGAGUGCUGCUACCUCUACUCUAUCCCGUUUUGUUUUGUUUUGUCGACAGUAUAUGUUAGUAUUCUGAGUUGAACACUUCCUGCACAGCAAUCUACACUCCUCAAACGCACUCUUGUAUAGUCUAGCAUUCGUUUGUUUAGCAGAAUAUAUCUACGAAAAACAAUGAAAUAACGAAACUUUAAAGUCAAAUAUUAACUUGUUUAUGAAUGGUCUACUUCUACAGCGACUGGUCUCACAGUGCCUAGAACUUUAAUCAGUUGAGAAUACUAUCUAAAUACAUACUAAUUUGUCACGACAAGGCAGUCGAUAGAGGCCACAAGAGAAGAUAGAAUACGAGCUGUAAGCAGUAAAGAAUUACUAGAAAGCGCUUAAGAAUAUAGAAAAGCUUUCGAUGUGUAGGGUUAAGACGGUAGAAGGAGUUCAAGUUCGGUAAAACGCUGUUGUUAACGAGUAUAAAGUAUUUAAAAAGUUCUAAAAUAAUUUAAGACAACAGUAGAGAGUCGAUUUGAAAGGUUAAAUGGCACCUCACACCAGCUAUGUUACCUGUGUAUACCGCAGUACGGCGCUGAUGUCAACUCUGUCGAGGUACGUGCAUGUAACAGCCCGAGCCCCGCGCCCCAGUGGCGCCACAGCCCGCGCGGCUCGCGUCAGGCCGCCGGCCUCGACGUGCUGACACCAGCCAUACACGAUGCACUUUUGACUCAUAUCAAAUAUCGACACGUUAUACCAAAUACAACGAUCUUCAAUAUUGAUAAUUUUAAUGCAAUACGGUGAUGGUUUAGUUAUAGGAUUUGUUUAUUAAGGUGUUGGGAUGUAACAAACACAUGUGCACACACAUUAUAUAUCGACUGUGUCCUGACCACACCUCUUUGUCUUGCAACAACAGUAGUUCUUCUCACAUCCCUAGUAAUAUCCAAUGCAGCGAGUCAAAUAUUCCAAAGAGCUACGAUUGGAUCAGAACAACUGUUGUAUAGUGUAUCAAGUCGUCACUUCUUCUGACGGAUACUUCUACAAACUGUUGUCAAACUCUUAACGCGACAGUUUGUCUAGUCUUCUUUCUUUCAAAUAUAUCUUCAACUUCUUGUUUCCUGAAGGCUCUUCAAGUAAUUGUAAGCAAUGCUCAACGAGAGGAACCUUUUAAACUUUUAAUUGCAUGACAACAUCUCGUGUAUAUGGACAUAGGUGUAGGCUAUCGCUUUUCUUAGAAUAUCCAUUCCUUAUUCAGUAGUUUUUUUUCUGUCACGUUUCACGUAAUUAAGUGCUACUUAUAGAGCUGAAAUAUAGACAUAUUAUAGCAUUUAAUGUUAUUCAUCGACUGAUUGUUAAGCACAUCGCAUCAUCAUCAAUACUUUGUGAUUGUACCAAGUUAUUUAGUCACUAUUGUUUAAGUUUUUAGAUGUUUAAUUUUUUCCAUGGGUUCACAUUGAAUUCAUUAUUUAGUUAUAAGACACUCUGCCAUAUUCAAAAGUGCACGUAUGGUAGUAGUCUGCAUACAGUUCCAUUGCUCAUUGUUUAUCUUCUAUUUUUAUUACAUUUUUAUAUAAUCUAAGGUUAGACACCGUUGAAUAUUUUCAUGCAGAAUCGUACUUCCACGUAACCUUUCAGACAGUUGAGAGAGAACGAAUCUACCCAAGUUGACGCGUUAUUUCACCUUGAAAUCUGCAUAAAAGUAUUUUCAACUGUUAUAUGAACAUAGUAACUUCCAGCCUCACCUUAUAGUACCACGUUUUU